AUGGAUACGCACAGAGCUGCUGUUUUAACGUCAAAGCAAACGCCCGAUGCGCGGCCUACCUUUUCAGUACGCGAUGAACCGCGUCCUGUCCCAGGGCCUAAUGAAGUCCUCGUUAAGCUAUCUCCGACUGGCGUCUGCGGCUCCGAUCUUGCCCUGGCCCUAGGACACUUUGGGCCUGUAGGUAACAUUCUUGGUCAUGAAGGUGUCGGCCGUAUUGCUGCCCUAGGAGCAAACGUUGCUGCUCUAGAUUCGUCCGUUCAAGUGGGCCAACGAGUUGGUGUUGCAUGGACCCGAGACAUUUGUGGCGUCUGCGACUCUUGCACAGACCUAGUGAAUGAAGGCGAGACCAGGUGCGCGAAAGGACUUCACUCUGGGAGAGCAUAUGACGGCACAUUUGCACAGUACACCAUCGUUCCGCUUCACUACUUGGCCAGACUCCCACCUCAUUUCGACGAUCUGCCGGAUGAAGAAGUGGCACCGAUUCUCUGCGGAGGUGUAACAGCCUACAAAGCAAUCAAGGGUUGCCACAUCACGCCUGGACAAUUUAUAGCUAUAUCCGGAGCAGGUGGUGGCGUGGGUUCUUUGGCCGUUGCCUAUGCCUAUGCUAUGGGUUACAGAGUGGUUGCGGUUGAUGCUGGGCAGGAUAAAGCUGACAUGUGCAAGACGAAUGGUGCUGAACAUUAUGUCGACGUCACCGAAGCGGGGAGUCUCAAAGAGAAGGUAAUGAAAGUUACCAACGAAAAAGGAGCAAAAGCAGUCAUCGUCACUGCAAAUGCUGCCGCCGCAUAUCAGCAAGCCUUCGAAAUGCUGGCGCCGUUUGGGACAUUAAUGUGCAUCGGUAUCUUGCCACACGAUGCUCGCGUCAAUUUUCAUCCCCUGUGGCUAAUUGGAAGAGGGUGGAAAAUUCUAAGCUCUGCAGUCGGAACCCGAGCCGACAUUUUAGAGGCACUGGAAUUUGUCAAACGUCGGAAAGUUGUACCAAAGGUUCAGUGGGCCAGUCUAGACGACAUUGAAAGCCUUUUACAAAAGAUGUCUGCAGGCCAAUUACAAGGGAAAUGGGUCCUCAGGCUUGAUACUUAA